CCCUGCGCAAGCGUUCACGUGAAAAAGCGCGGUAGUAAAACUCACUUAACUUUCCAAAUAUGCAUCUAACACAAGAGUUAGAAGUAUACUCGGAUCAUAAAGUUACCCAGCUCUUGUUCAAGGAUGUUAAAAAUGCCGCCGAGCUUAGGCAAAGUGCCGUGGAGGGUAAAAUCAGUGGAGCCUUGAUCAGUCCGACAUUGGUGUUGAAUCCUUUCCAGGUGCUGGUAGCAGCAAAUAAAGCUGUACAUUUACAGAAGAUUGGUAAAAUGAAAACAAGAAGUCUCUUUUCAGAGAUCAUUUUCAACCUUUCACCCACUAAUAAUAUCUCAGAAGCUUUUAAAAGGUUUGGGAUUUCUGAUGGAGACAGCUCAGUUUUGGUGGUUUUAGUUCAUAACAAAGACAACACCCCACCUUUGUCAGACAUCGUGAAUCGAGUGAAUGGACAGCAGGUCCCAGUAGAUGACCUAUCCUCCCUGUCAGACACAGCCAAAAUAAAAAAGUUCUUUAAAAUCACUCCACAAGAGGAGAAGAUUGGGACACUGUUGGAUGCAGUUGUGUGCAGAAUGGCUAUUAAAGAUGUUCUGUAA